UCUCCCUCCAGCGACGCAUCCACUUAAAAAAUUUCCCGCCAGCUCAAACAGGUCAUUUUGGCGCCAGGAGAGUCAGACAAAACUUAUUCAUGAAAUAAACUGACCAUCUCUCUCUCUCUCUCUCUCUCUCUCUCUCUCAAUCGGUAGAACUGCAAAUGGCGAGCUCCAACUCUCCAUCUUUCUUUCAAGAUCUCAAAAUGAGAGAGCUCAAUGGAUUCAGAGUUCGGAAACGCCCACACCUCGGCGAUCUGGCGUCAGAUCCCGGAAGCUUUGGAUCCGGGGUUUUGUCCAUCGAGCACAAUGGCGUAGUGAAUCCUCCAAUGGCUGCUUCGUUCUGUAAAUCGAGUAAGAAUUAUCAUCUUCUCGCCGUUUCCGAUGAGGAUGGGUAUGUUAGCAUUUAUGACACUCACCGAAAACUUCCAUCUUUAACCUCCUGUAGAGAAAAUGCAGAUGAAGCUAGGGUUUGCGAUUGGGUGGCACAUUCUAAUGCCAUUUUUGAUGUACGCUGGGUCAAGGAUGAUAGCCUCAUUAUGACAGCUUCAGGGGAUCAAUCGAUAAAGAUAUGGGACGUGGAGAAGAGAAGUUGUGUCAAUGUCCUAACUGGGCAUACAGGAAGUGUGAAAUCGCUGUGUUCUCACCCCUCCAAUCUUGAUCUUCUUGUUUCUGGCUCAAGAGACGGAUGUUUUGCUCUUUGGGACCUUAGAUGCAAGCCCAAUUCAAAAUGUAGACGUCUAGAGCCCUCCCUAAGUCCAAUUCAUAUGGUGAAAGGGGCUCAUGUUUCAGCUCAAGGAAAACGGGUCAGGCGUGGCAAGGCAUCUUCUAUGAGCAUUACGUCAGUUCUUUAUCUCAAAGAUGAGAUUUCUAUAGCUAGUGCUGGAGCAGUUGACAGCGUGCUGAAGUUCUGGGAUACUCGCAACUUUAAAGCCCCAAUUACUCAGGCACAACCUCAUCCUGAACCAUCAACUGAAAAGGAAAGAAGGUUACAUGGCAUAUCUAGCCUGACCCAGGAUUCAAAUGGAUUAUUUCUCUCAGCUUCCUGCAUGGACAACAGAAUCUACUUGUACAAUGUGCUUCAGCUUGAUAAAGGUCCAGUGCAAACUUUCUUUGGUAGCAGAAUCGAGUCAUUUUAUGUCAAGGCAGCAAUCAGCCCAGAUGCAACUCACAUACUCAGUGGCUCUAGUGAUGGAAAUGCUUACAUUUGGCAGGUGAAGAAUCCUCAAGCAAGACCCAUCAUAUUGAAUGGCCAUGAAGGAGAAAUUACAGCUGUGGAUUGCACUUCAUUUGAUUGCAGGAGUCCAGAUGUUGGGAAGAUAGUUACUUCGUCUGAUGAUUUUACAGUUCGUGUCUGGAAUAUCCAGCAGGCUUAUUACUCAUCUACAAGAUCCCCAACAUCUAUUCGAAGGAGAGUGACUGCAAUCCCAAGCAUGGAGUGCCGAAAUCUGUUCAAGGAAGAAAGUCCAAUGUGUUCCACGAAGACUGUCAGAGGUCCUUCAGAAGAAGCCUUAAUCGGGAACACUUCACAUGAUCAAAUCAGUAUGCCUGAAAUCAGUACACCUGAAUCCCUGAAGAAAAAAUUUUCAUCGAGUUCAUUUUCGAAUGAAGAACCAGAGAUGGAAAAGACUCCGGAAGCUGCACUGAAGAGCCCAUCUUCUGUCCUGAACCCACCUUCAUCCUUGAAAAGAAGAACAAUCAGAGAUUACUUUGUAGCAGCUUCAUGAAUCUUAGAAAAGGGGGUACUACAGUUGGGUUCCCUGAUACAAUGUAAAGAAGAUAAGAAUUAAUAUGGAUCGCUUCGUAUUGAAAUGGGCAAGUCCUUUGCAGAUAAUUUAGAGUUGUAUUUGAUAUGUACAGGCGGAUUAUUUGGCUAUUAAUUGAUGGGCUUAAAGGGUGUCGUCAACUUAGAUGAAGGGUCGUCCUAUCCAAGUUUAUUUUUUGUACACUUAUCUGCUAUCUGGUCUUUAUUUAAUCCUCAAUCACCUUUUCUACAUACUUGAAAGGUGAUUUGGGUUUGAUACUUGUGAUUCCCUAGCAUUCUGGCAAUGGGUGACUAGUCCUUUUGUAGCUAAACAAAAUGUUAAAUCUCAUCCGUGUUCAACUGGUCCUCGGGCCAUGAGUGCAUAAAGCAUUCUUUGAUUUC